AUGUCUAACUUCUAUACCACCUCCCAAGACAUCCGCGUGGAUGAUGGCCACAUCCUCAGGGCCCGCCUCCGAGCCGAGGACGGUGGUGAGAUCGACAGCGAGGUCGAUCUAAACCAGUUCAUCGGAAACGACAAUGGCCGCUUCGAAUGGGGUGGUGUCAACUUCUCGGAGACCGCCAGAGACAUAUCCUUCUCGAUCGAGGGAGGCGACAGCGUGCCGGUCCUACGAGCCGAGCUACAGAACCUCGACGGCGACUGGGUUGGCGCCGACGUCAACCUCGGAGAGCGAAUCAGCAACGACAACGGCCAGUUCCGAUUCAUUUAG